AUGGUAAACAGCUUCCUGUGGACAGACAAGAAGAAAAAGACCCGUCUUUAUGAUUCUUUGCUGCUUUGUUCCAACCUUUCUGUUCUGCUCCAGAUUUAUAAUGAAGUCAUCCGUGACCUCCUGAAUCCAUCUUCUGGGUUUCUGGAGCUGAGAGAAGAUUCUAGAGGCAGCAUCCAAAUUGCAGGCAUCACAGAAGUAUCCACCUCAAAUGCUCAAGAGAUCAUGCAGCUGCUCACCAAAGGCAACCGGCAGCGUACCCAGGAGCCCACAGCUACCAACAAGACUUCAUCCCGCUCCCAUGCCGUACUGCAGGUCACUGUGCACCAGAAAAGCCGAGGUGGCGACCUGGCGGAGGAAGUGCGCCUCGGGAGGCUCUUCAUGGUGGACCUAGCAGGCGCGGAGCGUGCAGCCCAGACUCAGAACCGAGGCAAGAGAAUGAAGGAGGGUGCACACAUCAACCGCUCCCUGCUGGCACUGGGCAACUGCAUCAAUGCACUUAGCGAGAAGGGUGGCAGCCGCGCUCAGUAUGUGAACUUCCGCGACAGCAAGCUCACGCGCCUGCUGAAGGAUGCCCUGGGAGGCAACAGCCGCACAGUAAUGAUUGCUCACAUCAGCCCGGCCAGCACGAGUUUUGAGGAGUCAAGAACCACACUGCUCUAUGCCUACAGGGCAAAGAAUAUCAAGACAAGGGUCAAGCGCAAUCUGCUGAAUGUCUCCUACCGCAUCGCACAGUACACCGACGUCAUCUCUGACCUGCGCAGGGAAAUUGAGCACCUCAAGUCGAAGAUUGAGAAGCAGGAUAAAGAGAAGAAAAGUGACCCCAACGUCCUGGAUAUACAAGUCACCAUCCCCCAUGAUGCAGAGGAGGACAGUCGUCUACAGAUGAACAAGAUCCGGGCACAGCUUAUCGGGGCUUUCAAGGAGCAGAUGGAGAUGCGGCGCAGCCUGGUGGAGCUGGAGAAUACUAACAUUGAGCUGCACAUAGACAUGUCUCGCCACCUACUGACCAUUGCAGACUGGGAGCGAGAGAAGACCCAUCACCAAGCAAACAUGGACAAUGGUGAGAAGGAGGAGGAGCCUGGGGAUGCUGAUGGAGAGGAGGUUGAGGCUUCCGAGCCCCCAGAGGUGGCUCUGGCUAGAGAGGAGGUGAACCUGCUCUUGGCUGAACAGCGGAAAACGGCAGCCCUCAAGGCUGGACUAGAGCAGCGCCUGGCCCAUGCCAAGCAGAAGGCCUCACAGAUGGAGAAGCUGCUGCCCAGGCAGGUGACCAGUGAGGACCAGCGGGAGGUGCUGCAGCUGCUGUGCAGGGCCCACGAGCUGGAGGUGGAGAACACAGAGCUGCAGGCUGACAACCUGUGCCGUAAGAACCUGCUGUGCCAGAAGGACUUCGUGAUCCAGCGCUAUCACCAGCACCGGAUGCUAUGCGAGCAGGUCAUCCAGGGGCAGCGGCAGCUGAUGCAGGACAGUGGCCUUUCAGCCCCGGAACCUCUGGAGCAGCAGUACCGACUGUACCUCAGGGAACUGGGCGAGGGCACAUUGGACCGCCUGCUGCUGCAGCUCUCAGUGAUGUCCAGCUCUAUCCAAGAUGGUCCCAUUAUGAACGUAUCACCCCCACCACCUGAAGAGACCAGUGGAGAGCCUCCAGGUGACAGGCGGGACCUCCCAUGGGGAGCAACAUUUGAGCUGCCCCAGAUGCUCCUGGAGAGAGACAGUGACGGGAACAGGUCUUCAAAGAACACUCCAUUGUGGAGGCUUGGAAAGCAGGACUCUCUUCUUCCUCCUCCAGCCCUCCGCAUCCUGCUGACACCCCCCAUGCUUGAGAAGCCUAAUGCUCUAGGAGCAAAGAGCCUGGUCUCCAGACUGCAGCCCACAGCUGGCUUGGAGCUGAGAACCCCACAGCCAGCAGGAGAGAUGAGCAGCUCCCCUCUGAGUGUCCAGGCCCUCAAAGAGAUGGCCCUGGGCACCAAGAGCAUCGCCCUCAUAGCGGCCAGCCGUCGCUGCAAAGCAUAUGACAAAGAGGGCAGCUGCCUGGACUCCAGGGACCCCAGCCCUGCAGACUGGAGGUGGCCCCAUGCCAGCCCCAGCAGGGACCGCUCUUUGGAGAGGAAGGCAGGGAGGAAAAGGUCACCCUCGUUCACCUGGAGCCUGCAACAAACAACAGAGAAACAUCAACCCUGUACGGAACAUCCAUCCGAGAGCCAACUGUCCCCAGCACACCUCCAGCCACCAAAGCCACCAGGGAAGAGCUUUUUCCCUGCUGUCCCUGUGGCCUCCAAGAUGAAACCCAGCCUCAGUUUUCACACAGAUGAAAACACGCUUCACAUGCCGGAGGUCAGCUUCACCUUCCCCAGCGCCAUGUGGCAGAGCAACGCAGCCCCAAGCCGGCCUCCCCUCCUGCCACGUGACAUCCGAGGGUCUACAGACAGCAGAGGCCGGCGUCAUAGCCCACUGCCACCCAACAAUCCUCCCAAGCUCCAGGGUGGCAGUGCCAAGAGACCAAGGCGUCCUAAGUAG